AAUACAGCCUAUUUAUACCAUAAGACCCCCAUAAAGUAAGCUAUCAUGUAACACCAAUGCAUGCUCUCAAAAUCUAGUUUCCUUUUGGAGGUAUUUAUCAAUAUUUAGAGACAUAAGUUAACUGCAAACGCCUCACUCGAAAAGAUCUCCGAAUGUGAGAUAACAAAUUUUGCGAUCCCAACCCCAUAUUAUCUGCUUUUCACGGUUGUAGAGAGGAAAUGUGUUUCCACAAAAGGUUGUUGAGCGCAAUGACCAGCAAGAAGAAAACUUCCCCCUCCGCUAUUCAAGAUCUUUACGACCUCUGCACCCAUACUUUUACGCCUUCAGCCGCUUCGCCGCCGUCUCUCACCGCCGUUCAUAAGAUCUCUUCUUUAUUAGACACUAUUGGUCCUGCUGAUGUUGGUCUUAGUGAUGCUAGCAAAGAGGAUGACAGAGGUCAUGGUCCUUUUGGGAUCUUUUCAUUCAAUCGAGUAGAUCGUUGGGCUCAGCCGCUCACUUAUGUGGAUAUACAUGAAGGACAAAAUUUUACGAUGUGCAUAUUUUGUUUCCCUACUUCGUCUGUUAUUCCACUUCAUGAUCAUCCCGGCAUGACUGUUUUGAGCAAAGUCUUAUAUGGUUCCUUGCAUGUCAAAGCAUAUGAUUGGGUAGAGCCAGCCCGCAUCAGAAAAAUUCAGGGGACCGAGAAUUCCACAGUCAGGCUGGCUAAAUUGGCUGUAGAUAAAGUUAUAACUGCACCAUGUAGUACAUCUAUUCUGUAUCCAAGGAGUGGAGGGAAUCUCCAUUGUUUUACUGCAAUCACUCCUUGUGCAGUUCUUGACAUCCUUGCUCCUCCAUAUGAUGAAUUUUCUGGCAGGAGAUGCUCUUACUACCGCGAUUAUUCUUGUUCCAGCUUCUCCAUUGAAGAUGAUAAAAGUGGUGUAGAGAAAGAAGAGGAGUAUGCGUGGCUUGCUGAGAUCGACACACCUGAUGACCUCUACAUGCGCCCGGGAACUUAUACCGGUCCACAUAUUCAAAAAUGAGUGUUCUUUCAUCAAUAGAAGAUCUCUUGCAGCUAGAUGUCUAUGUAAAAGAAAUUGAAAAUGACACAUCAACCUCGACUAUCAUCGGUAAAUAAUCAUAUUUAAGUAACUAAUCUAUGUAUGGAUUUUCUUGUUGUA